AACAUAGGCAACUCUUUAUUUUUACUUAUUUUGAAAAAAUGUAGACCUGGGCAGGGGUCCAGGAAUGCUUAAGGGAGGUUUGCUGGGUGUGUGCCUGUGGUCACACGUGUGGUUUGUGUGAUCAGGCUGGAGGCUGACGAUCACUCUGCCCCAGACGCUAGAGGAAGCCUCCUGCCUGCCUGCAGCAAACCCACCAGAAGUUACCACCCAGGGGCCUUGGCUCCAGAUGGUCCCCUGAGGGGGGCUGUGCUUCUUCCAGCAAAUGAUGGGCAUUUGGGCUCCUCCUCCCACCCGGGCACCUCUCUGGAGCCAGGACUGUGUGUCAGGGCAAGAGGGGGACAGAUGAGUGCAUUGCGGGGGGGUGGGCUGCUGGCAGGGACUGGCAGCUGGGUCUAUGUGACGCAGGGCCCCUGCCCACCCCGUGACGCCAUGGAGCUCUGGGCUUCGUUGUGACUGUAGCGCAGGGGCUGACGGGGCACAGUUCAGGGGGUGACUGAGCAAAGCGCACAGCCAGGGCACCGAACGGCAGCUUGAAUCUUAGCCUCACUCGUGGCUAACAGCCAGCAGAACUCCCCUGGUGCCCCUACCCACCGCGCAGCUGUCCCUUCCCUACAGAAACGAGCCCUCCCGGCUGCUGAAGGUGAGUCCGCCCCCCGCGGCCCCCUCUGCGCGCUCAGCCAGCCCAGGGAAGGGUGCCUCCGAGGGUCAGCACGUGGUCAGCCGUGGUUAGGUGCUUUCUGGGGGCUGGGUGGCAGCCGACAGGAGGGUGUGGCCAGUAACACCUGCCCCUCCUGCCUCAUGCCCCAGAGUAGCUCAUGUGAAUGGGUGGCAUGUGGCUCAGCGGGGAGCCGCCCCCUGUCUGUUUUUCCCUGAGCAAGGGGACUCAGUGGCCAGGGUCCCAGAGGAGCCCUCAGUCUGGGGGGGAAAGUAGAGCCUAAGAGCCAAGCUUGCCUCUGGAAGGCUUCCUGGAGGAAGGGAGACAUGAGCAGGCCUGGGGUUUUCUGAGUUUCUGACGCUCCGUGCAGCUAGCUGGCCACUAUGGUGGAUGCUGCCUGGGCACGGGCCCUCACACGGGGCCCCUCCUCUCCCUGGCCCAGAGGCCACGCAGCCCGCUUGAGGAAGAGAGGCCUGCUCUGGGAUGUAGCACCACGGCCUCUGGGCCUCACCGGCCGGGCCCCUGCUAUAGAGAAGCAAAACGGGGGCCCUGUAAACGGUGCCGGCUGGAGCUGGGCUCCCAGACAAGGCAGGGUGCUGCUGCUGGGCGAUCUUUAAACCAGGGUCCUUUCAGCUGCCCCCAAACACUUGCCCCAGUGCCAGACUGGCUCAGUGUCAGGGACCGUGAUCCCCCAGGGAGGGGCUGGGGAGGUGUGCGCGCUUGUGGGGUGGGUGUGUGUGUGUGUGCCUGUGGGGUAUGGUGUGUGUGGGGGCGCGUGGGGAGUGUGUGUGCCUGUGGGGUGUGGUGUGUGUGUGCCCGCGCGCGUGCAGUGUUUGUGUGCGGUGCGUGUGCGCGUGCACUGGUGCGGCCGGGCGCACCCGGGGCGCACCCACGCGCGCCUCGAGCUCACUGCCCGCGGCCUGGCCCGCCGCCGCCGCCUGUCGUUGCAGCUCACUGCAGGAGCAGAAGGGCGAGCUGCGCAAGCGGCUGUCCUACACCACGCACCGGCUGGAGAAGCUGGAGAACGAGUUCGACUCCACCCGCCACUUCUUGGAGAUCGAACUGCGCCGUGCGCAGGAGGAGCUGGAGAAAGUCACCGAGAAGCUGCGCAGGAUUCAGAGUAACUACAUGGCGCUGCAGAGGAUCAACCAGGAGCUGGAGGACAAGCUAUUCCGCAUGGGCCAGCACUAUGAGGAAGAGAAACGAGCUCUCAGCCAUGAGAUUGUCGCCCUCAACAGCCACCUGCUGGAGGCCAAGGUGACCAUUGACAAGCUGUCGGAGGACAAUGAGCUCUAUCGGAAGGACUGCAGUCUCGCGGCACAGCUACUGCAAUGCAGCCAGACCUACGGCAGGGGCCACAAGAUGGCUGAGCUGCCCGCGGAGUUCCAGGAGCGCAUGAACCUGCAUGCGGAGAAGCCAGGCUGCAGCCUGCCCGCCCCGCUCUGCCACCCGGCCUACGCCGACAGCGUGCCCCCCUGCGUGCUCGCCAAGGUGCUGGAGAAGCCGGACCCCGGCAGCCUGUCCUCCCACCUGUCGGAAGCCUCGGCCCAAGACCUGGGCUUCCCCGAGGGGCUGGAGAAGCCAGGGCCCCGGCCCCCCUACAAGGGGGACAUCUACUGCAGCGACACGGCCCUCUACUGCCCUGAGGAGCGGCGCCGAGACCGGCGGCCCAGUGUGGAGGGGCCCGGGUCCGACGUGGGCUUCCUGCAGGCCCAGAAUUCCACCGACAGCACGGCCGAGGAGGAGGAAGAGGAGGAGGAAGCUUCCGAGGCCGGCGCGGCAGCCUACCCUGCGAGCUACCGCCACGAGGCCUUCGGCGGCUACGCGGCCUCGCUGCCCACGUCCAGCUCCUACUCCAGCUUCAGCGCCACGUCCGAGGAGAAGGAGCACGCCCAGGCCAGCACGCUGACCGCCUCGCAGCAGGCCAUCUACCUGAAUAGCCGCGACGAGCUCUUUGGCCGCAAGCCGCCCGUGGCCUACGGGAGCAGCCCGCGCUACGCGGCUGCCGCGGCUGCGGUGGCCGCCCCACUGGAGGCCGCGGUGGCUCCGGGGUUCCCCAGGACUGUAUCGCCGUUCCCCGCCGAGCCCUUCCGCUUCCCGCUCUCCCCGGGCCCCCAGCCUGCCCUGAUGCCCCCCAACCUGUGGAACCUGCGGGCCAAGCCCGGGUCCGCCCGGCUGGUCGCAGGGGCUGGGCGCGGCCAAUGGCGCCCGCUGAGCGUGGACGACAUCGGCGCCUACCCCUUUCCGGCCGCGGCCGCGGCCCCUGCCCCCAGCCUCGCCUCGCCCAGCGGCUUCAAUGACCGCUACUUUGGGGCCCGAGGUGGCCCCGGCGAGAACGCCGAGGGCCGCGCCAGUCCCCUCUAUGCCAGCUACAAGGCCGAUAGCUUCUCGGAGGGCGAUGACCUCUCCCAGGGCCACCUGGUCGAGCCCCGCUACCUCCGGGCGGCCGGUGACCUGAGCCUUAGCCCUGGCCGCUCGGCCGACCCCCUGCCCAGCUACGCAGCCAGUGAGGGGGACCGUGAGCGGCUCGGGGUGCAGCUCCUCGGGGCAAGCGGCAGCCCUGAGCCCGAGCUCAGCCUCCGCAGCUCCAGGGACUCCCUGGAGCCCAGCUCCAUGGAGGCCUCCCCGGAGAUGCACCCCGGUGCCCGCCUCAGCCCCCAGCCUGCCUUCCCUCGGGCGGGCAGCUCGGGGCUCAGCCGCAAGGACAGCCUCACGAAAGCCCAGCUCUACGGAACCCUGCUCAACUGAGCGCCCCGUGUGAGGGCCCCGCCAUGGCCGGUCCCACACACUGGGUCCCCAGGGGUGCUGCCUCGACUCCCCGCCAACCCCACCCUCUCGGCCCUGCACACCAGGACCCCUCUCCACCUAACCCAGUCAAGCCCGAGAGGGGGACCCCAACCCGAGCGUCUUGUCCACCCUGCACCACCACUGUGCAACGUUUUCUGACUCAGCAGUAGCCUUCCCGACUGAAAUGAGUAUCCUCCCCCCUUGCCCCCCUGCCCCCAGCUUUACCAAGUGCAACUAUUCUUAUAGAGCAAAGUGUCUUAAUACACUCGGCCUCCAGCUCCCUGGACGGCAGCCCCGGGCGUUUUCAGCGCAAACGCUCCUGGAUGUUUUCGGGUGAGGGCAGGUGGGGCCUGCCCCUGGGAAGGGAAGGGAAGGGUGGAGACACCCCAUAAGCCAGUGAUGACUGGUCCGGAAGCUGUGUCGACAGAGACGGGGACUGGAACGGGUGAUGGGAUGUGAAACGCUUCUAGCUGUUCUUUCCGUGUGGCCGCCGACCCCUCCCCCAGCUCUACUGUGGUCCGUAGUCCCGUGUGUCCCGAGUGGGGCCGGUGCUCGUACCCCCACCCCCAGCGUCCCGCUCCCCGGCACCACCUCGCGCUACCUCACACGUAAUGAGGCCCUCUGACCCCGGUUUCCGUGACUUGCUUCCGUGUUGUUGUCUGUGAUGCAUGCCCUGUCUCGGUACUGUAUUUUGCGAUCAUUAAAUAAAGACAUGGGUGGAAAAGAA